CCGUCUCUCUCUCUCUCGCUCUAGUUUGCUAUUUGAGAGUCUGUUUAAUUACGUUCUUUUUUCCGGGAAAAUAGUUUCUCGAGAAAAUCAAAAAGAAAAGCCUCAAGAAAGGAUUUCUCUUCGUUGAUCGCUACGAUGAGUCGUUUCUUUUGCUGUGUCACAGGAGAAACCUCAAAUAGCGCACCGCCGGAAGAAGUGUUUGACGACGAACCAAUUGAGGACACCGAAUCCCUCAAUCGUUUGUGGAGAGAUGAACUCCAGAUCCCUGACUCUCGCAGUCGUCAAGCUCAAGAGCCAGAUGCUGCUCUUUUCCCUGUAACUCCACCUCUACCUGCCAAUUGUGGACGACCAUAUCGAUGGCGCGAAAUCGUAGACUCAACCGUAAACUUCCGGCAAGAGUUUUUUCUCGGCAAUGGCAACUUCGGCCAAGUCUAUCGCUGCGAUUUCAAAAGAACUAACGAGGUUGGAGCUGUGAAGAUUCAAGCUCAUAACAACGAAACUGGUCAUAAAGAGUUCUUGGCAGAGGUUACAACGUUGCAUGAAGCUAAUCACCCAAACGUGAUUAAACUUCUUGGCAGAUGUUACGGCCGCAGAAACCGUGCUAUAGUUUACGAGUUCAUGCCCAAUGGCACUCUCGGACGCCACAUCUUUGAUUACAUGAGGAAGAGUCCGAUACCUCAAGGUCUAGAGAAUCCAACUCGGGUUUUGAAUUGGGGGACGAGGAUGAGAAUUGCUGAGGGUGUAGCUGAAGGUCUGAUAUAUCUACACGACGUGCUAAAAGUGAUCAACCAAGACGUCAAGGCUGGGAAUAUUCUACUUGAUGCGAACUUUGUGCCGAAGCUGACUGAUUUUGGAUUGGCGACUAAAGUCGUUGUAAACAGACGCGGCGUUGAGAAGCGGAGCAAGAUCACUGAGUUGAAGGGAACUAUGGGAUACAUCGCACCAGAAGCAGAGCAGUCCCACUGGGUUUCGACCAAGUACGAUGUCUAUAGCUAUGGAGUUUUUCUGAUUGUGCUCUUCACCGGAAGGAAAGCUUAUGAUGAUCGGGAGAGACCUGAAGCAAAAAAGAAACUCACUGAUUGGUUAAUGCCAGUGUUGACUAGAUUGGAGUAUGCGCCUUUGGUUGUUGAUGUUGCGCUCGGUAAAAAGUAUUCGGCUCAAGGUUUAAACAGAAUAUUUGAAACAGCGAGGAUGUGUUUAAACGCGCAGCCACUUGAACGGCCUGCAAUGGAUUUUGUGGAAACGUUGGUUCGUGAAUCUGCAGCUUACCUGGUCCCAGAGGAGCAGCCCCAGGUGAAAGAGAGACGUUGUUCGACCUAAGAAGUUUGAUCAGGCGAUAUUAU